AUGGCUGGCAAUGGCGAAGGAAUAGCAUGGGAAGUCCUUGAUGUGGAAUCUCAUUAUCCAAAAGAACUCGGGGGGUCCCUGGAGCUCUCCAAUGACACCUUCUUCUCACUGAGGAUCAAAAACACGACAAGCCGAAACAGCGGGACAUAUAAAUGCACUUUGGGGGAGCAGAGUGGAGAGGGCAACCUGAGCAGCACGGUCAUGCUAAAAGUAACAGGUUGCCCUGGAAUAGAGGAAGAAAAAUUAAAAAAAUACAAAGCUGAGCUUUUCAUGCUGACUUGCCUUGGGAUAUUUUACUUGCUGCUCAUCUUUUUCACCUGCACAUGUCUAAGAAAAGAGAGUAUGCCUCCCAAUUAUCAAAAAAACAGACCAGAUAUGAAACACAUGCUCAACAUCAUCAAUGUACACGAAAUGACAACUUUCCAGGAUUUAAGAAGCGACAGUGCUUGCAAAAAUGGGCUGACUUCAAGUUCCCUCUAA